CACACACGUGUCAGGAUGUUUGUGUACCGUCAAGCUCCGCCUCCUUUGUUUCAUUCGGGGGAGGAGGCUAUUAAGGAGGCUUUUAAAAGGGCCGAGAUGGAAGCGUGUGAUUGGGUCAAAGGACAGCGAGCGUACAACAGAGUUUCAUCAUCCGGGGAGGCAAUGUUGUCCCGCUUGCUCCUCUGGAUGUGUGUGGCCAUGCCAGGCCUGCUGUGGGCCUCCCAUCCCAGUCUGCCAGUCGAGCGAGAGACGGCCGGCUCCAGGAUCUGCAAGCCCGCCCCCCUGUGGGACAUUGAAGGAAAGGUUCCCAUGCAGGGGCUGCUGGGAAAUGUGGUGGUGGUGGCGCUGCUGAAGGCCAGCUGACAGUUCUGCCUCACUCAGGCUUCCAAGAUAGGCGGCCUGCGUGACAAGCUGACACGCAGCAACCUCACGGAGGUGUCCUUUGUCAUCGUCAACGAGCGGGAGCCUCUGUCCAGAGCCAUGUACUGGGAGCUGAAGAGGAGAGCGCCCCCUGGUGUUCCGGUGUACCAGCAGACUCCCUUUCAAGAAGAUGUGUGGGAGGCGCUGGAGGCCGACAAAGAUGACUUCCUCGUCUAUGACAGGUGUGGUCUCCUCACGUUUCACAUAGUGCUGCCCUACAGCUUCCUGCACUACCCCUACGUAGAGGCCGCCAUCAGAGCCACCUAUCAGAAGGAUAUAUGCAACUGUCGGGCGAAUGGCACAAUCGUGAGCGACAUCGUGAUGAAGAAUGACACACAACCGUAUCACGCCAACGACACCACCGCGCUACCCGUCAUUACGCUUCACGGCGAGCACGACUAAACAUCCACGCCAUCGCUCUCGGUGUCGCCAUCAUCAUCAUCAUCCGCCUCCUCGUCAGCGUUCCUUAUGGCAACGAUCCCCCUGUGUGUGUGUGUGUGUGUGGAAGCAGUAGCUACAGAGUUCCAAUCCGUGUGCUCCCAGUAAUGAAGUCUCCAGUUUGAAACCUGGUCGCAGGAGCCUGCAGAUGGAUGUGUGCGGAUCCACAGAGUGGACUCUUAGUUGCUGCUUCCCUGCUGACGCCCCGCAAGCCUCUUUCUGGGUCAAGGAUGUUCCUUUUCCUUAUUGGCUUGUCAGCCCGGGACUCGUCACAAUGUAUUCAUUUCUGGGGCGCCGCCCCACGUCAAUACGGUUUGCGGCAUUGCGUAGGAUAGAACAGGGGUGUCCAAAGUGCGGCCCCUGGGGGCCACUUGUGUAGUCGGUGGCACAUUUGGAAAGUAGAAUUUGAAAAGAAGAAAAUUCUAACAAGAAAAUAAAAAUAGGUGAAUAAGCGUGUAAUAUGAAUUAUUUUUAAUAAUAGGAGAAAUAAUGUCAUUUUAGUAACGUAGGGGGGAAACAUUCAAUUAUUAUUAUUAUCUUUAGGGGGUCAUGGAGCUUGGAUUUAUUUCCUCCCUUCAUAAUAAAAGCUUUCUUUUAAAACUGCA